AUGGAUAUUUUUGGUUGGAAUAUUAGAGGUUUCAACGAUUCUGUAAAGCGGCGUGGUUUUAGGAAAUGGAUGAAGAAAAACAAACCUAUUUUCGGAGGUCUUAUUGAGACGCAUGUACAGCCGGUUAAAGCAGCGAAUAUAGUAAAUCGUCCCUUGCCGGGUUGGUCUUUUGAUAGUAAUUAUGACUUCUCAGAUCUUGGGAAGAUUUGGGUUCUUUGGCACCCAUCAGUUAAAGUCUCGGUUAUCUCAAAGUCUCUUCAGAUGAUUACAUGUCGAGUUAAGCUCCCACUCGUCGCCACUGAGAUAAUUGUUUCUAUUGUUAUUGUAUAUGCAUCGAAUUGUACUGUAGAGAGGCGUCUUCUCUGGAAUGAAAUUGAAACUACAGCAUGUGCUCCAUUCACUUCAGCCUCUCCAUGGUUAAUUCUCGGUGAUUUCAAUGAAAUUACCUCCUCCUUGGAACAUUCUAAUGGAGACGGUUUCUCCACUACAAUAGGGAUGCGAGAUUUUAACGAAUGUAUUCAACGCAGCAGUCUCUCUGAUCUUCCUUUCCGCGGUAAUUCGAUGACUUGGUCCAACAGGCAUGUCUCCAAAAAGCUCGAUAGAAUUAUGGUAAAUGAUUACUGGCUGUUGGCUUUUCCGGAUUCUCUUGGAAUAUUUGGAGAGCCUGGGAUGUCGGAUCACAUUCCAUGUUGCGUUUUCACUGAUCAAUUACGACCGAAACAAAAGCGUCCCUUCAAGUUCUUUGCGCAUCUGAACAACCAUCCAGACUUCGCAGAGAUUAUAAAGGGUUGUUGGUCUGGUCUUAACUUUGAAGGUUCUCGGCAGCUUGUUAUUUCCAAGAAAUUGAAAGAGCUGAAGAAUACAAUAAGGACAUUCAGUAAUGAGAAUUUCUCUAAUCUGGAGUUAAGGGUGGCUGAAGCGUUUGAUAACCUUAUCUCUUGUCAGCAGGUCUCCCUCAAUUCUCCUUCACCUGCUGCUGCAGCAGCUGAAGAGGAAGCUCAUCGGAAGUGGUCAACGCUUGCAAAAGCCGAGGACUCUUUUUUAUGUCAAAGAUCAAGGAUUCAAAGCCUUUGA